AUGAAGGAGUCAGAAGUGAAACUAAAAGAUGGAAGUGAUUUAUCCUCCCAUGAAGACGAAGAUGAACCAAAAGCAAAAAGGAUCAAAAUCCACCAAGAAGAUCAUGCACAGAAUGAAGAAAUUCAAAAUGGCCACCAUGUUAAACCAUCUGCGUCUGCUUUGAUGUCUUCAUCUCCAAACAGUAUGAUGGAAGGUUUACUAAGUCAUUUACAGUUACCUAGUGACGUUUUACAUUUAAAACGUAUUGAAGUUAAUGUUGAUAAUAAUUUAACAUAUGGAUGGGUAGUGUGUAGUGGAAUUCCUCUACCUAAAGGAAGUAGUCUAGGACCGUUUCAAGGAGAGAUAAUCUCAACUGAUGUUAAAGUUAAAAUGGGAGAUCUGAUUUUACAGUUUAAUAGUAUUGGAGGAAAACAAGCAUAUGUUAAUGUUUCUAAUCAGUCUGGUGCCUGGUUAACAUUACUACGUCAAUCAACCGAUUCAUCAUGUUGUAAUACACAAGUACAUCUAGAUGGUGGUAGAAUAUGGUGUCAAGUUGAAUCUGAUUUAGAUAUUGGAUCUGAAUUAAUAGCCUCAUUUACAUUUCACGUAGAAGGUGAAGAAGAGCUGCGAAACAAAUCACCAGAAUCUUCAGUUGAAGAAGAAGCAACUACUGCAGCUUCACCGAAAGUAACCCAACCUGUUAUAACUCAAUCAUCAACUAAACCAACUUCAGCAUCUGGCCAUGCUGCUUUGAUUUAUGGUUGUCCAUUUUGUGGUGUAAGAUUUAGUAGUCCCAGGACGCUACAAGGUCAUAUCUCAUUUUAUUGUUCACGGAAACCAUCAGCUUCAGCUGACCAACAAGACCAAGAAUCUCAAUCAGAAGAUGGACACCAAUCAGUCAAAGAUGAACCUAUAACAGAUGAUGAAGGUGAAAGAGAAACAGUUAAGAGACCAAUAGAUGAUGAUUCUAAUUCCUCAUUAGAAAGUCCUGAAGGCAAAUUUUCUCGACCAGAACAACUGUCCUACCAAUGUACCUCUUGUUCCUAUACAACUGACAAAAUCUCCAGUCUCAACCGUCAUCGUAGAAUCCACAACCGACCUGCCCAUAGAACUCCAUCUCCUAAACCAAUACCAGUAGCUACUUCCUCUGCUGAAACUUAUUGUAAAGAAUGUAAUAUACAGUUCAGCUCCAUGAACACUUUUAAAGCUCAUAAAGAGUUUUAUUGUUCCCAGAGAUGUUCUCGAGUGAAAAAUCUGGAAGUAAGAACUGAAAGACUUUCAGGUGAUUCCUCUCCCGCUUCAGUUUCUCCAAAACUGUUGUCACCAAACAGAAUGAGGAAUCUUUCUCCAAGAAAUCAUCAUCUAAUAUCUCCACAGAGCUAUAAAAGUAAUGGUUCUCUCCAUGGUGAAUCAAUCAUGUAUACACCAGUGGUUGAUGCUGAUGGUAAGCCUAGCAUGGUACCAACAGUUCUUCUUCAACCACUUUUAAAAAUUCCUCCUCAACCAGAAGUUCUAUCUCCAAAAGUCAAGCCAGCACAUCAGCAAGAGACAAAAAGGUCUGAUUCUCCAAAAUGUCAUCCAGAAGAAGAUCAACCAUUAGAUCUAUCCACUUCCAAACCACCAUCAUCCAGCAGCCUUCCAGAACAAAGUCCAGAACCCAAGAGAAUAAAGUCAGAGAGAUCCUCACCUUGCAGUAGUUCAAAAUCAAGUUCUUCACCAAAAACACCUAACCAUCUUUUGCCUGGUUUAGCUGCAAAUCCAUUCUUAGCACAAAUGAUGCCAAACUUCUUUCCCUUUGCUUUGAAUGCUGCUGGAAUAGGUGGCUCAGCUCUCUCUGUACCUGGUGUUAGUAGAUGUGUGGAAUGUAACAUUGUUUUUUACAAACAUGAAAACUUUCUAAUCCACAAACAGCAUUAUUGUUCUGGCAAGAAAGUCUCACAAACUUCUCCAGUUCUUCCAGAGGCUAAACCUGAUUCAAAAUCACCUGAACAAGUAGAGUCUAAACCAUCCACGAGUUCCGACUCAGAAAAAAGAAACAAUCCCAUCAGUGAAAUUGCUUACAGAUUUUUCUGUAUACCUUGUAAGAUCAAAUUCAGUUCUGCCAGUACACUGAAAGCGCAUAAGGAAUUUUAUUGUCCUCAUGGCAAAGAUUGUGAUCUAGUGCCAGAGAUCCAAUCUCCACCAGCUGACAUAAUUAUAAAACCAGAGAUGGAUUCUGGAGCUGAAGAUGAGGAAGUUGAUUUGAGGUGUUCACAAUGUGAGAACAAAUUUCGAUCAUUGCGACUCUUAAAACUUCACAUUUGCUCCUCAGAUAAACACAAAGUGGCAUUCUUGCGAUGUGCUCAUUGUGAUUAUGUAACACAAACUGAAUCCAGAAUGGCAGAUCACAUGAAAGUUCAUGUUCCAACUCGGUCCUUCAGGUGCACAAUUUGUGGGUAUCGUGGAAACACCAUUCGUGGAAUGAGGAUGCAUGGCAAAACCCAUAUAGACAAUGGUGAGGAAUUCACAGAUGAUAAUAUGGUGGAAUACAGGGAACCUCCUUUGGUGCCAAUAGAAUCAAAUGGACAUGGUAUUCCAUCACCUUUGGAUAUGGAAACUGAACUGUUGCGAAUAAAAAAUGAGCCGUAUAAACGAAGACGUUCAAGAAAAUCAUUUGAAAAAAGUGAAAAUAUGGGAUUACAAGUCCAACAGUGUUCUAUUUGUGGUGAUACCUUCGCUAACUCAAACUAUUUAAGUAUUCACAUGAAAUCACAUAGUGCUAUGACUUCUUCAAGAACAAAACUUCAAUGUGAUCAAUGUGAUUUUAUUGGAAAAAGUGUCAAAGACUUGGUGUGUCAUCAGAGUGUCCAUGAUGUCACAAAUGACAGUGGCCAAGAAAAUACUGACCCAAAUUCUAGCCCUUCCCCAAUCUCAUCACCAAAGCAAAUAAUUAUUAAGGAAGAAAAACUGGAUAGAGAUUAUGAUGUGGCUGAAAAGCGACCCCCUUCAGUAGACAUCAAACCAAUCAUUGGACAAAAUCAUCCAAAUAGUAGACCUGCUUCAGAAUCUCCCAAAAGUAGAUCUUUAGUGAAAUCUCCACAUGAAGCUGGAGUUCAGAUUAGAAAUUCAGUGAAUGGACUACCUUAUCUUGUCAUUCCAAAUCCUAAUUCCCUGUCUCCUAAUUUAAUACCAACUCCACCAAUACCCUUACCCCCAUCAUCAGAUAAAUAUUGUCAUAGCUGUGAUAUCAGUUUUACCUAUCAGGCAUCUUUUAUAGCUCAUAAAAAAUAUUAUUGUACUGCCAAACCAGUGGAAACUCACAGUUCAACAGCUACUGCUUGA